GCGUAUGCAAACUGUCCCUCCGUGGUUUCCGUACUGUUACUGUAUGUCAGCAUGGAGUAGGACGAUAAUUUCGCUAUUGGACAUGCCUAUAGUAAUAUUCAAGAAAUCAUGAAAAGAUAUCUAAUGUUAAUUUUAACAGCUGUUUCGUUAUUACUUCCCUUGACAGAAUCCACUUCCGUUCACUGCCAGCGAUGUGUAUUGAGCCAAACGGCCGAGGUGACAUUCAAUAGAACUUAACGAUGUUAGCGACUUGGACGAGAGUUAAAAGCGCUCGGCUGCUUUAUCCGGACAUACCUCUAGGAUACAUCUUAGGAAACGAGACCAGAAGAAACGAGUUAAGUUUCGGUCGCGUUUGUUCUCCAGUACCAGCUGCGUGGAGACGAAAAGCCGCCGCUGGUGUCAGAGAUGUCGGCACGUCCUGUUCGCUGUUGGCCAAAGGCAAAGGAAGCCAGAGGAAGGCGGAGCUGUCUGAAAAGAAGCUGACGCGUCACUUUGUAGACCAGCGUCGUGUGAAGCUGGUUGCUGGAUCAGGCGGGAAAGGGGCCUGCACCUUUCACAGCGAGCCCCGAAAAGAGUGGGGCGGACCGGAUGGAGGAAACGGCGGUGAUGGAGGAAGCAUCAUUAUCAAGGCUGACCGGUUUGUCAAAUCGUUGGCUCAAAUUGUUCCAGUUUACAAGGGAGAAGAUGGGCAAGCAGGAGGCAGCAAGAACUGCUACGGCAGGAAUGGUCGCCCAACGUAUAUCUGUGUGCCGUUAGGUACUGUGGUGAAGGAACAGGGAAAGACAGUAGUGGAUCUUUCUGAACACGGCCAGGAGUAUCUGGCUGUGUUUGGAGGGGCUGGUGGGAAGGGGAAUCGUUUUUUUCUGUCCAAUGAGAACCGCUCCCCAAUGCAAGCAACCCCAGGAGUACAGGGCGAGGAGAGGGUCUUUCACUUGGAGCUCCACACCAUGGCUCACGCUGGACUGGUGGGGUUUCCUAAUGCUGGCAAAUCGUCAUUGUUGAGAGCCAUCUCCAAUGCCAAACCGGCUGUGGCUGCUUACCCUUUUACAACGCUCAACCCACAUGUAGGAAUUGUCAAUUACAGGGAUCAUGAACAAGUUUCAGUUGCUGACAUCCCAGGCAUCAUUCGAGGAGCCCACGAGAACCGAGGUCUGGGCAUCUCUUUUCUGCGUCACAUAGAGCGCUGUCGUUUCCUGCUCUUUGUUCUGGACCUGUCGACUCCUGAGCCAUGGACCCAACUCCGGCACUUGUACUAUGAACUGGACCAGUAUGAACCUGGUUUGUCCAAGCGGCCUCAGGCCAUCGUAGCCAACAAAAUGGACCUACCUGAGGCCCGGGACAAUCUCAAGACUCUAAAGAGCCUUGUCACCCAGCGGGUCAUCCCUGUGUCGGCUCUUACAGGACAGAACACUGAGGAGCUCAUCCUCCACCUCAGGGAGCUGUAUGACGGCUACCUCCAAGGAGAUGGCAGUGGAGACCGCAAUCCCUCAAGGUGGUAGUGAAAGCUGUUUCUGUAUUGCUGUACUGAUGUGUCUAUGAUUCAUAUUCACACUGCAAAAUCUAAAAUGUAUUUAAAUUGCUUAAUAAAUAUGUAAACAGAAAAA